AUGUAAAAAGUUCAAAAAAAUAAUUACAGUAAAAAGAUUUGCUCGCUUUUGUUCAAUUUAGAUCUCUUUGCAUAAGAAGUAUAGCUGAGAAUUAAUAAAAAUGAUAAAUUCUUUACUCCACUUGGAAUAAUUAUGUCGCUCAUUUUAAUCGCACUUUCUUUAAUAUUAGCAAUUAACAAUAUUGUCGAAGUUGUUUAAAAAACAAAUCCAUCAGUUGUCUCUUCUGAUCAAUAAGAUUAAGAAACUCCAGUAUUUAUUAUUUAAAUUUCAAAGAAUUUUUUACUUAUGCCAAAUAAUUUUACUUUUGUAAUAAGUGUCAAUAAAUUCACAUUAGAUAACAUUUAUGGACUUGAUACAUUAUUUAGUUUAUAGUUUACUUAAUGUUUUAGGAAGAGAGAUCCAGAAACUAGAAAAAUAACUUAAGGAUGUUAAAAUUAUAGUAUGAAUAAAUGUGAAGAUAGAAAUUUUGAGGCUUAAUUUUAAAAAACAUAUUUUUAAUAAUUUAAUAAAAGUAAUAUUUAUUGCAUAAAUCAUGAUGAAUGGAUAGCAAAUCCUUUUGUAAUAUAUAUGAAAUUAUAUUUUAAUAGUCUAUUUAGGGAUCUGCUGCAUCUAAUGAAUUUAAAUAUUUGAAAUUUAAUUUACUUGUUUGUUAAAAUAAAAGUCAAAAUAAUACAUGUUAUCCUAAAGACUAUAUAUAAGCAAAUUUAACAGGUGGAUUAUUAGUUUAUUAUGUGCAAGAUUAAUUAUUAGAUUUAAAGAAACCAUAAUAAUUCUUUGUUCCAUCUAUUCGUCAAGGUUCAGCUAUAUUUGCAUAGAAAACUUAAAAGACAAUAGUUGCUUACCAUAAAACUAUAUAUGUUCAAACAGAUGUUGGUUUAUUUAUAGAAGAUCUUUAAGAGAGAAAUAGUUAUUAAAGUUAUUUAGAGAAAGAAUCAUCAGAUGCAGUUGAUUCAAAUAAAUUAAUAGAAUAUGUAUAUCAAUUAGACCCUAGGUUGUAAUUUAUAAUUAUUUAGAUAAACAUUUUAUAAUAGAUCAUAUCCUAAGAUUUAAGAUAUAAUAGGUACAAUAGGAGGUCUUUGGCAAGCCUUAUAUUUUACAAUUUCAAUUCUUAUUAUGCCAUUUGUUUAAGGAUUUAUGGAAUUAAGUUUAAUCAAUAAAUUUUUUAAUUUCUCUUACAAAGCAAAUGCUAUUCUUGAUGAUUGUUCCAUAUCUUAAAAUAGAAGUCAUAUACUUAGUCCACCUUAAUCUAAAACAACAAUUAAGAAAUCUUUUACUAGUUAAAAGUUAUAAAUUGAAAAGAUUUCUGAUACUUCUUAAAUUGCAUAAUUUUUAAGGGAAAGAAAAAAUUUAUUAAAAUUAAAUCUUUCCGAUUUAUGUGGAUUCAUGUUUGGUAGUUAAAAAAAACAAAGAAAACAAUUUGAAUAUAGUUAAAGAAAAAUUCAAUAGAAAUUGGACAUAACAGUAAUAAAUUAGAUAUAUAUAUAUAUAGUUUAUAUUAAACAAAUUAUUUGAGAUAGAUAAAUUAAAAAUGGUGUUAUUAAAUGAAAACUAAUUGAAAUUAUUUAAUUAUUUUCCAAAGCCAUGUGUUUCUGAUGCUUUAAUACUCAAUUAAGAUGAUAAAUUAUUGUAAAAUUAAGAAAAACAAAUAGAGUUUUCAUAUCUUUUGAAAGAAGAACUAACACAUGAAAUGAAAGUUCAAGAAGCUUACAAGGCUUAUAAGAAAAUAAAGAAAUUAAAUAAUUAAGAAUAAUUAGAUUAAAGAAUACUAAUUCAUUUAGAUUAAGAUUUAAGAAAUCUAUUUGAUAGUUUAAUUGAAUCAGAUUAAUCUAAUGAUUCAUGCAAUUGUAAUUAUUUUUAUGUUAAUUUGAAGUAAAUGAUGUCUAAAUUUUAAAUGAUUCAAAAUAUUAAAAUAUUAUUACAACAUAUAAAACCCAUGAGAAACCGCAUAAAAAAUAAAGUAAUUGA